UUCCAGUCCAUAAUGCCAGCAAUGUGGUGAAAUGGUUUGCAUUGCAUGGCAGUAAAAAAAGGAGAGAAGCCAGCUCUGCAGCUCUUGAGCAGUCCGCCGGGCUUUGGAAACGCCCCCCCUUCUCCCCUGCGACGACCGAUCACACACGCACCAAGAGAGGGACCCAUUGACUGCCUGUCUCUGCGCACACUGGAAAUGGACACUCGAAUUCUUCUUCUGCAUCCACCUUCCCUACUUUUGCAGUACACGCUGAUUAGUUCUCCUUAACAUCUACAUGUGGAGUGACUAUAUUAAAAGUGAUCUCUUAAAUGUACAUAGCUACUACCAAGAAGCAACAAGGGGACCAAGUGCAGCAACAAGGGGGUAUUGUUCCAUAGAGCAGACUUGAACUUCUUUUGACUCCAACAAAGGGGAUUUUCUUUUUUGUACAACAGUUUUUCUUGCUCCAAUAAUGCUUUAGUGAAAAGAGAAAGGAUAUGUGCUAGCUCAAAACCACCGACCAUGCUGAACACUGCCGAUUUCACUAAAGCUGUUUGGAGGUCAGUCAUGGCAUGACACGUCAGAAGGCGUCCGAGGUGCCACCCAUAGUAGAGAACGAAGGGCUGCUGGUGCCUGACCGAGGGGAAGCUCAGGCUGCUCCCAGUUCGACUGCUAUUACUCUUGACUCUGUAAAGUUGCAGCCCCUCCCCUCGGGAAUUGGAAAGUAGUUUUACCAGCAGCAGCACCGAAGAGAUGGACUCUGCUGUGUACUACAGGCUGCAUUAACUGAAUCAUUCAAUUGGAAAGACAGGCACCUAAACACAUUUUAAUAAAAAAAACUCCGCAAUCAGAGGAUAUUAGCUGGAGAAUUUCUUUUCGAGGCAGAUUUAAGCACAGCUGAUUGUAUUGUAUCUAAAGGAUACACACUUAAGUAGAAGGUUGCUUUGAUGUUACAGAUCGAGGUAGUGACCGCCUUAAGGUGGUGGUUAGGAUGUUACUGAAACAAUAACUGAGAGACCCUUUUUGGCUUUUCAAGCACGUGGUGCUUUGAGUUUGACUUAGCUGUUGUACUUGAUAUUGUUUUUGUUUUGGAGAAAAGCAGAAACGAACUCAGAAGCUCUGGAAAUGAGUGGAAUUGCUGUAACUGUGUUGUGUUUAACAGUAGUCUUCCUUGGGGUCAGCGAAGGUACCCCUGCCCCAGGGACUGAGCCGAGCCCGAGUGUGCCGCAGGAGACGUGCGCAUCCUGUGGCGGAAGGCAGCUUGAUGAUCCACUUGGUGCCCGUUUGGACACUGACUUUCUGGAGGCAGUAAAGAGGCACAUACUGAACCGUCUGCAAAUGCGGGAGAGGCCGAACAUUACCCACCCAAUCCCUAAAGCAGCCAUGGUAACGGCUCUUCGCAAGUUGCAUGCUGGCAAAGUACGGGAGGACGGCCGGGUGGAGAUCCCUAACCUGGACGGCCAUGCUACGGUCAGUCAGGAAGUGCUGGAGCAGAGCUCAGAGAUCAUUAGCUUUGCAGAGACAGAUGACGUGGCAUCUUCUACAUCACGUAUUUACUUUCUGAUCUCAAAUGAAGGGAAUCAAAAUCUCAUUGUUAUACAGGCCAACCUGUGGCUUUAUUUAAAAGUGGCACCUUCAAAUCCAGAAAAAAUCAGCAGGCGAAAGGUAACACUGAAAGUUUAUUCCCAAGAUGCUAGAAAGAGUAGUAAGUGGAAUGUAAUUGAAAAGAGGGUAGAACUGAAAAGAAGUGGCUGGCAUACCUUCCCCAUGACAGAGGCAAUCCAAAGCCUGUUUGAAACUGGAGAGAGACGGCAGAGUUUCGACAUUCAUUGUGAAGGCUGUGAUGCGCUUGCAGUAACACCGGCCUUUGUACAUCCUGCUGAUGAGGCUCACAGACCAUUUUUAGUGGUUCAAGCACGGGCAGCAGAUAGCAAACACAGGAUUAGGAAAAGAGGACUGGAGUGUGAUGGUAGGACCAAUCUCUGUUGCAGGCAGCAGUUUUAUAUUGAUUUUAGGCUCAUUGGCUGGAAUGACUGGAUCAUAGCACCCUCUGGUUACUAUGGGAACUAUUGUGAGGGCAACUGUCCAGCUUAUAUGGCUGGAGUCCCAGGCUCUGCUUCUUCUUUUCACACUGCAGUAGUCAAUCAGUACAGAAUGCGAGGGAUGAGUCCUGGUUCCAUGAACUCUUGCUGCAUUCCUACAAAGCUUAGUACCAUGUCAAUGUUGUAUUUUGAUGAUGAAUACAACAUAGUCAAAAGAGAUGUUCCAAAUAUGAUUGUGGAGGAAUGUGGUUGUGCUUGACUGUGAAAUGUACUAACUAUACUAACGAGAUAACUCACAUCUCUUCCUUACUGUCAUCCAUCAGGGAAAAGUUGGUGAAAGUCAAUAUGGCUUAAUUGCAUAGGGAAAAUGGCCUACUUUCCUAUUAGGAUGGCACCUAAUGGACUGUGUUAAGCUGUUAACAUAUCCUAUACACUUAGUUUUCAAAAGUAUCAUAAUGAAAUGUAACAUCUUAAGAACAGCUGCAGUCUUUUUAAGGUUAAGAAAAGCAACAGAGGGUGUGAUGACUAAUGAGGUAUUUGCCAAGCAGCCCAAUAAGUGACAAAAUGUUACACCAGCUGGUUGAGAAGUGAUGUCCUUACAAAUGUAUGGUCCAUAAAAGGGAACACUAUCUGCCACUAUAAAUGGACUUACUUCAUGUCUGACAUCUUUCGAAUCCAAGCAAGCUUUGUUUCAUCAUCUGUGACAAAAAUAACCUUCUCUGGCAGCGUUUGGUAAUACCUAAUGUUUGUAACGUAUAAGUCUUGUUACAUAGUACUUGCAAUAUGGAGUUAUGUCAUCAUGAUAGAAGGGGAGGACAGAUUAAGAGUUUCUAUUGCUACAAUAAGCUAAUGACUUUAUUUUCACUAAUUAACUUCCAGGUGGAUUUGGCCCACCAUUAUUAGUUUAACUAACCCCCACAACUGGUGAAAGACCAUCAUGUUUAAGAUAUUAUAUAAAAGGGACAUUUCUGUACAGUCUUAGAGUUUGAUAUAUGAACUUUAUUUAUGGUCUUAAAAUUUAAGCACAAAGUCCUUAAUUUUUUUAAAAUCAAUGUUCAAACGUGGUGCUCAGGAAGAAGUUAACUAGUGGUGUUCGUUAAUAUUGUUGAAAAGACGUUACCGAUAACUGUUACAACAAAGGUCUCAGAAAUAUUCUCCUUAAGAACAAAGAUCUGAAAAAUGUAUGUGAGGUCGAAUAACUGUAUUGAGCUUUCUUGUCAGUGAAAAGCCUUGGAUGUCGUCAGAACUAUAUCAGAGUCAUGAUACAGCAUAGCACUUGCAAACUGCUGGAUACAUUGAUUAAUAGCACUUGUCUUUCUCAAUGCCUUGAAGAGUGAUACUUGGUAAUGCACUUACGGUUUCCCACAAUCCAGUUCAUAUGUGCCGCAUGAGCUAUGCAAUAUAAAGCACUGACCCAUACCAGACACAGUGGAUUAAUGUGACUUUUUCACCUUUUUAUACUUGAAAUCAAAUCUUUCACUUUUGUGUCUUAAGUGAAAGAUUGCUUUUAAUAUUUGCACUGAAUAGUUGCAUCAAUAGUUAAAAAUGCCAUUUUAAAAAGAAAAAAAUGUUAUUUUUAUAGCAACAAAAUGAAUACAGUUGAAAUGUAUUAUACAUGAUUUUACAACCAAAGAGGCCAGGAUUUUAGUUUUUAAUUAUUGUUUGAUGGCAAGGCCAUCAUAUAUUAUGUAGUAAUGUUCCUUGAUCUCUAAGGAGGCUUACAUUUUGUUUCAGGGUACAGUUCGGCAUCUGUAUGUUAAGUUUGGCAUUUCUUUUUAUAUGUGACAUGCACAUGGAACGUAGGAUGGACAAGAACUGUUGUAGAACACUGAUGUUUUAUGGAUUAAAGUUAAUUUUUUUAUGUUUAUUUAAUAAACUUUUUUUUAGUUACUGUUACAUUAUUAAUAAUUUAAACCAAACAUGAUUCAUUUAGGUUUACUGUUAAACAUAUUUUACAGUUCUGUACAGUUUUAAAUAAAGUAAAACAAUUCAAAAAUAA